CUAUCCUAGAAAAAACAAAAACAAAUCAUAUCGGUAAAUUGUGAAACAAUUCAGAACAAUGAACCGUUCUCAUCCAUGCUUUGGAUCCAACAUCAAUAUUUUUAUGGCUAUUUUAUGCAUUGCCAUUAUAGUGAUAUUAUUUCAACAAGGUUCAUCAUCAAAGGCUCAGGAAAAUGUGUUCGCCAAUGCAAAUCUGCCAUGCGGGGGUGAGAAUUCAAAUUGUACUAAAAAAUCAGAUUGCUACUCCCCAUGUGCAAAGAAUUUUAAUGGAAUGAUUCCAGAUGACUGCUAUUACCUCGGCGAUUAUCCAGUAAAGUUAUGUUGUUGUAAGCCGCCCGGUCCGCCCACAAGAUUUCUAGCCGAAACUUGGAAAUAAAAAACGUUUACGUAGUAAUAAAUAGUAUUACGUUUGAAUUAUGUUUUGCGGCUGGUCCCAAAUAUGUUAGUCCCGUGUAAUCGGUCACAUUCACC